CCCAAUUCAGUCCCGGACGCAACGCUGCACGGUACGGUUGAGAUUUGCGAGUUCCGCUCCCUAUGUGGUAAUCUGCUUUCGGUCGGUGUCCAACCCCCAAAUGUUUGUAUGCUAUUAAUUGUUCUACGACAUCUAAACCGGAGGAAAAGUGGGCCUCGCAAGUGUGCAAUUCGCGAAAGGGUCGAGGGAGAUUGAAUCAGCUUCUGUCCAACACUGGCCAUCCAUCGGGAAAAAGGAAAAUUUCUGCUUUACAGUCAGAAGAGGAAGGGAAAAUCUACUGCCAUUGAAACGUGUGCGAAAACAUCGAAGUGCGAAUUUAUUACUGCGAGAGCGUUGAAAAUUUGCGCAGAAAAUCACUCAGUCUGCGAAGGGAUGUUGUGCAUUCGUGAGCUGAUGUUUUUGAUUAGGUGAUUAGUUUUAAAAUAAAACGGAUUGCAGUAAAGUGCGAAAAACGUGCACUUUUGCUGAGAGCAAUUCCCAAGUUAGUGCAGAUCGAAAUAAUCUGUAGUGAGAAAAAAAUUCCAUCGAGUGUUAGUUUCGUGAAGAAUUUACUAGAGAUAAAUUUAUUCAUGAGAAGAAAAAACAGCUUGGAAACAGUAACUCCAGAAAGCAGCUGAUUAUAAACCAUCAACUAUCUGCUAAAAAGAUUCGAGCACAAAUUAGCUAGAAUAUGUACAUUUCAUGCUCCAGCCAGACAAACAGCUCGCACGUGUGACCUCCCACCCAAAGACCGUCCGCCGUCGGCUCCACUCGCCGCCGCCCCCCACAGAGAGCGAUUGCAGGAACCGGUUCGACAACGGACUCUUUGUAGGUGCUGCUAUUGCUGAUGCGGCGAUACUCUACAGGGGUUAGACAGAAAGGUUGAGAUAGAGUGCAACAAACGGCGCAGCACUUGAACUCCGUGGAGCCAAACAGCCCGCAACCAGUCAGGGUUUGGGUUGGCAGGGUGGCAGAAGCGCUGAACUGCUGCAGAGCGUCCACAACGGUGACGUAGACGACAACCACAGCGUAGAGAGCGAGAAAGAGUGAAUCAAGAACUCGAACGCCAGUCUUGGGAGCGAACAGCUUCGCUCGACCGCCUCUUCUUAGUCAGCCCCCAGCCGUUAACGGAGUCGUGUGUGGUGCACGGCUGAUUAGUACAAGUCCACCGUCGUUCCGAGAUAGAACCGAGUUUUCUUUUAGUCGCAGCGAGACGGUUGGACGUGACGUUCUGUUUUUUCGGAGUUCUCGCGCGUUGAACCGUACUGCAGCGUUUCCGCGGAAAGUUUCUCGCGUAGUGUUGGAUUGAUUUAUAGUUAUUUCUUCUACGGCGGAGCAGCAAAUCUGGGUGAAAGAAGAAAAAGCAAUCAAUUAACCUCUGGAGAAAAGUAUCGUGUAGAACGAAAUGUGGAAAAAGCUCCGGUAAUCAAUUGAUCUAGAAAACAAGAUCAACCAAAGUGUAUACGAAGCGUGUAGAAUCGAGAAAAAGUGAGGAAAAUAUAAAGAAGCAUAGAGCAUAGAAUCACCGUUGCUGAUGCUAAUAAGAAGAUGAAAGCGCAAUCAUAGUUCAAGAGAAGUGUAACAGCUAAGCAAGAGACUGAGAAAGCGAGCCCAAAUAAUUGCAUCGCUGCUCGUGUGUGUUUGAUAAGUCCCAAGUGGUGAAUCGUGUUCAGAAAAAAAUCCUAUUUGCAAGCAGCAAGCAAUUUGUUGCGGGUGGAAUUGCUACCAGUGAAUUACACAAGAAGGUUUUCCACAGAAGCGGGCAUGCCAAGAGCAGUGUGCAACAGAAGAAAUCCCAAGAAAAAUUAAAUGUGCUCAAUUUGCUGCGUAAUCAGUGGCAUACAUAACUUCGGCUGCCAGCAGCAUCUUUGCCGUUGCAGUAGACUCAUCAGCUGUGCUAAGCGAAGUACCCUUAAGCCAAGCCUCGGUUAAGAGAUUCUACACGACGCCGUCACAGACAGGUUUGAUUGAAACUGCACCCUAGUUUAGACGAGCUAGCACUAUUGUAGAAGCCAGAACCAACCUUCCCACAUUAAAGCUGCCGUAAAGCUGCAAUCAUGUUGGAUCGUGGACCAGUUCAGCUAGACAACGACAAGUGUCGUCGUGAGCGGGAACCACAUCUGUCCGGAUCGCGGCUCGAUCUUGCCGGCCUAUGCAUCACGGCGCGCAACACUUCCAGAUCCAGCAGAGGAACCAUGGUCGACUCACACGGCAACGCCCUGCCGCCGCUCAGCCCGUCCAGCAACAACAACUCGUCCUCGUCGACGGCGGCCAGCGAGAGUGAGCAGCAGCAGCAGCCACAGAGGCCGGUCCCUCUGACGCCCAGUGAAGCACUCAAAUAUCACGGAACCCGCUUGACAGACUAUGAGAAGCAGGAAAUUGAAAAGUAUCCGGAAAUCUACUACCUGGGACUCGAUGCCUGCAAAAUCAAUGCCAAGCCGGGAACGGCACUCAACUCGGGUUACGAUGAUGACAACGGCAGUUAUAACAAGGUGAUCCACGACCACGUCUGCUACCGAUACGAAAUCCUUGAGGUCAUCGGCAAAGGCAGCUUCGGUCAGGUCAUCCGGGCGCUGGACCACAAAACCAACCAGCACGUGGCAAUCAAAAUCAUCCGCAAUAAGAAACGCUUCCACCAUCAGGCCCUCGUCGAAGUUCGGAUAUUGGACGAACUGCGCAAGAAGGACGCGGACGGAGCGUACAACGUGAUACACAUGCUCGAUUACUUCUACUUCCGCAACCAUCUAUGCAUCAGCUUCGAGCUGAUGAGCCUGAACCUGUAUGAACUGAUAAAAAAGAACAACUACCAAGGAUUCAGCCUCAGCCUCAUCCGACGGUUUUGCAACUCGAUAGUCAAGUGUUUGCGAUUGCUCUAUCAGGAAAACAUCAUCCACUGUGAUCUAAAACCCGAAAACGUUCUACUCAAACAACGAGGUAGCAGUCUGAUAAAGGUUAUCGAUUUUGGCAGCUCGUGCUAUUCGCACCGCAAAGUCUACACCUACAUCCAGUCCCGCUUCUACCGGUCACCGGAGGUCAUACUGGGGCUGUCGUAUGGGACGCCAAUUGAUAUGUGGAGCUUAGGAUGUAUACUGGCAGAACUGUACACCGGAUAUCCGCUGUUCCCCGGAGAGAACGAAGUGGAACAAUUAGCGUGCAUCAUGGAAGUGCUAGGAGUUCCACCAGAUGAUCUCAUCAAUACUGCCACCAGAAGGAGGUUGUUUUUCGACUCGAGAGGUAUUCCACGGUGUAUAACCAAUUCCAAGGGACGCAAACGGAAACCGGGCACCAAAACGAUCUCGCAGGCACUCCGCUGCAACGACACCGUGUUCAUCGAUUUUGUCAGUAAAUGCCUAGAAUGGGAUCCCAAGAAACGCAUGACACCGGAAGAGGCAGCCCGCCACGAAUGGCUCCAGCCAAGUGCGUCCUCCACGUACGUCUCGUCCAAGUCCAAGGAAAACAGUGAUAAUCAACUCAGUUUCAUGCAAAAACUACAACGAUCUCAGCCAAUGACACCAAAUACAAUCCUUCCGGAGAUAAAGACUCCCAACAACCGGCAGCGCUACGUUAAGGAGCGAGUCAAAGCAACAGAUCUUGAAACAGCACAACAACAGUACUCGCUGCACCGAUUAUACCACGCCAGAAAGACGACCCUGAAUUCGUCCAACAACAACAGUGGCAGCAGCACCAACAUCAGCAGCAGCAGUGGCAGUAGCAGCUACAACAACAACAAUAAUAACAACGGAAGCAGCUCCAUCACCAACCAUCAGCACGGAAGCAGUCAGGCAAUAACGUCCAGCUCCAAGUAUCCGUCGAGUCACCACGUGGGAAGUCACCAUCAUCAUCACCAUGGCGGAAUGCCUCACUCGCAGAGCACCGGAGACGUAUCGGCCAUUUUCGGUCGGGCAUGACAUGACACUCUGAGCAAAGCCAAGGACACCAGCAAGAUCAUCAGCUUGAUCUAGAAGCUGGUCAGUCCAGGCUCCGUUCGGUUAUACGUUACACUCUACAGAAUGCUACACUAGGCUACGAAUAGUUACAUAGGGGAUAGGGGAUAUUCUUUAGAAUCCGUAACUCUGUGAAUAGUUUGUAGUGCAGUGUAUAGAGUUCCGUGCGUAUCUGGACGGGACAUUCGAGUUAUAGAGACAAAGAGCAUCUAUGAAAUGAAAUGUUAAUCAGUAUCCAUAAUCCUCAGAGAUUAAUCUUCCUCCCACUGCCUUCCUCCCAAAAAAAACGUAGCGGAGUUCUCUCCCUAGGUGAUGGAUCUCCAUAAGGUAGACUAAAUAAAACAGAAGCAUGUAGUAGAUCAAACUGUAUAUAAGAUAGUAAGGUGGGAAUCUCCUCAUAGAAACGUGAUUCUCGCACUUCCGAUCGAUACGCACUCGAAUGGCCAGGGUCACUCUCUUAUCAAGACUAUAAAUUGAGACGAGCUCUCCGAAGUGCUUGGAACAGGUUACAUGCCGUUCGAUAUCUCUUCUCGUAGAAAUAUUUCCCGCAACGGCUUUUUCUUUUUCAGCGUUUUAUUAGACUUAUCGAAAUCUUCAGUGGUCAUUUGUUGCGUCCGGUCGGAAGGAGAACCAUCGAAUCCUCCCAAAAGAACUCCCCAUAUAUUUAGCGUAGAGGUAGCUAUGCGUUAUAAUUCAUUGAAAGCCUGAUGAUGGUGAUGAUAAAUGUGGUGAUAUUGGUGCAGCAGCCGUCAUUGCUAAUAGACUUUAGGAUGUGAAUGGUACCUAAGAUUGAUUCCUCUCUAUCCAGUUGACAGGGACGUUUGACAGGAAGUAAUGAUACAUUUAAAUAAGCUUCGAUCGAUUCCAAGUAGCGAAGGAUGAGGAAAGACCAAGCGAAAGAGGCCAGGGACAGAUGAUUGCGAGUGUUUGAAUCCAGUAUCGAGGCAAUUAGUGUACUUGUACAGUAUGACUGACUUUUAACGGUAAUAUAAUACCAUGUAUCCAUAAAGUAACUGUAAUUUAUUGUUUAAAGGAAAUCCAGAUGACAAAAUUUAACAAUUUAUUAAGCAGAAGAAAUCAAAUAAACAAAAGCUAAAAAAGAAUUAUCGUAAUCAGCAGUUGAUGCAAGUGAUCCAUAGUCCGUAGUGGAAGUAAAAGAAACAAUUCGUUAAUCUAAGCAUUAAGACCAAUUUCAUUCGACAGAACUUUGUUAGGUAAUCUUUGGAAAUUGAAAAGCACAUUUAAAAUGAUCAAAUGCUAUCUCGCAGGUGACAACAAGUAAUAAUAAUCACAGUGCUGACAUUUCUUCAAUCAAACAUUUUCCACUGCUAAACUUUUCUCUCCAGACAAAACUAUUGAUUGCGAUUCGAGCAGAACAAAAUGCUGAUUUACUAUAAAGCAAGUAUAAAUGUAUGGAUUAUCAACCUUAUAUAAUGGACAAAUUAUUUUAUGUACAUUCUUGGAAUCAGUGACCGAAAAUAAAAAUUUUAAUUAAAUACCCACAGUAAUGAAUAACCAAAA